AUGGAUCCAGCUCAAUAUCUUGACGUUUUAGUCGCGGAGAAAGACAGUUUAGACCCUUCUUAUCAUCCAAACGCUGUUCGUCUGUUAACGGAAGGUAAGAAAGCUCCGUAUUUUGGCAUUUUUCAAAGCGAAGUUUGCCAUUGUUUCAACAAAAGCAUGCCUCAUGUGCUUCGUCAAGUUUUGAAAAUAUCUGUUUCGUUUUUGUAGUUAACUUGACAGUAUGUUGUAUAUUUUACAAGUUAAAUACGUUAGUUGGUAUAGUUUAAGUAUUUGAACGUAUGUAAGUCAAUAUUUUGCCAAUAAAUAAGCGGGGAAAAUGGGUGAUUUCAAUAUGACCCGCUUGCUUUGAGCUGAUACGAAAUAAAUAAUUAAGCUCAAAUGCUCAAUUAGUAUAAAUACAGAUGAUACCAGUAAAUAUAUAUAAUCUAGAAUAGAGUCUGAUUGAUCCAGAUAUUUGCUAGAAAAGGUCAGCUAUUAAAAUGAUCAGCUAUAGGUGAUGUGCAAUCACUCCCAUGGCAUGCAAAGGACAAAGAGAUUUUUGCCAUGUUGGAUGAAAUUUGUAUUGGCAUGACGACGGUGACGUUAUUUGCACCACAGAAUAAAGCACACAGAAGGUUGACUCGAGUAACCGCUGCCACGCCAUGGUCACAGAAUUGGAAGGUAUAGCAGAAGCAUAACUCAAGCAAGUAUUUGUCCGCGUUUUUACAAGCAGUUCGUCAUCAAUCACGCCAUCCUGGCUAGUACAACCGGCACUUUGUACCUACCAAAACCUGAUAAAAACUUCCGGUUGUACUAGCCAGGAUGACGUGGAUUGGCAUGAGCGAGUUAAAAUUUUCGUGGACGUAAAACAAGGGAACCGACUCGAGUUACACUUCUGUUAUACCUUCUUAUAAUCUUGUGCGAUGGUUCUAGCCAGUGUGUGCAGUGGCGAAAAUUCACUUUUUCCGGUGGGCGGGCAAAUCGUCCUAAAUUUCCGACAAAACUUUCAAAUUUCCGACAUACCCCCCAUUUGCACUCGAAAAGACUGUUUUUAGCCCUCUUUUAGAUCAAAAUUUCUGAAAAUUUGUCAAUUUUCCGGAAGGUGGGGGGCGGCCACCCCACCAAGAUCACCAAGAUUUGAAUACUAUUAUGGGGGUGAAUGCCUCUCAAACACACACUGGCUAGGACCAUGGCAUCAGCAUUUGAUGAUGAAUUAUGGGUUACGCCAAAAUUAUAGGAAAAUCAUAGGAAAAACCAAGAAGUCGGCCUUCUGUGUACCCUAUUACCCUUAGUACACCUAUCUUUUGUCUGGACAAAAUGUCUGACCAUGAAUUUUCCUUGGAAAACUGUCAUUUGGUCAGAAGAUGUCCGACUGUUAUUUCAGACUCUGAAAAUAAUAGUAGGUAAAGUAGAUUAUAGUGGUAGAAUCAACAAAAGUAGCAUUGGGUUGUUUUAGAAACGAUCCACUGUUUUAAUAAUAAUAAGUGUAUUGGGACAUCUGGAGGGGUAGGGGGUUAGAGCUGUGUGCCGGAGCUCCGGCAUAGUUUGCCGGAGUUGGAAAACUCUGGCAAACAAAAAUUAUGAAAAAAAUAUUUCAAUGAACUUUUGAUAAUGGAAAAAUUAAGUUGAAUGAUUUGAAGUUACUAUAAAGUUUAAUUACUUGCUCCGAUCCGAUUCUUGGCUUAGAAAAUUCUGCAAGCGCAUUGCUAUUGCUUUUGAUACAAAAAUCCGCUGACCGCGAUGUAUUUGGGCAAACAUACCAUGCUGCCACACGGUUUUACUUUCUAGAAAACAUACAAGCACUGAAGCAUGUAUAUUUGUAUAUUUCUACAAGCACCGAAGCACAUAUAUUUGAUAAGUAAGGAGAAAACUGAAAAAGGAAUAAAAUAAAUUCUGAAACCCUGUUGUCCCAGAAUGUGGACAGUGUUUCCAUUUUUUCAAAUUAAAAUUUUGUUCAAAUUCCAUAGAGAGAAGUUGAUUUUUCUUCUUUUCUUCAUUAAAACCUUGUUCUAUAAUGUUCUAGAAAUGAAAAGAGUUGAAUCAGGUGAAGAGGCCAAUAAUGAAGGAAUGGACCGUUACAACAACAACACACUAGAAACAAAGGGAGUUGGCGAUCCUCGCGAACGCAAACCAAACUACAUGCGACAGUAUCAACGUGAAGUUGAACCUUGUACUAAACUGUCUGAAAAAGUUAUGAUACCUAUCAAAAAAUAUCCUAAGGUAUUUGUUAUUUGACUCAAUUAAUAGUUGAAAUUCCCCUCGUGGCGAGCAAAUUGAUUGGCGUUGCAUCGGGAAUUGAUGUUGCAUUGUAGUUUCACAAAAGUGGUGUAUAUAUGCAACAGUAAUUAUGCUGUUUACUUUUUUAGUUCAAUUUUGUCGGCAGACUGUUGGGACCAAAGGGACACACAUUCAAACGCCUUCAAAAUAUAACAGGCUGCAAAAUGUCAAUUUUGGGCAAAGGGUCAAUGCGGGACAGAGAAAAGGUAUAUUGGCCUGUCUAUGAUCACACACUUAUGUGAACUGUAUAUAAUUUAUCACACUCAAAAUAGGAUUCAUAGUGAUUCUAUUGAGUUUCCUAAGGCCAAAAAAAAUAUGUGGGUUUCCUAUUUCUUCUUAUAAAAACUUAGGUAGAGUAGGUCGGUUUUAACUUUUUUUUUAAACUUUUUUUUUAAUUUUCCUAACAACCGGACGCCAUUUGUUUAGUCAAUGCUACCAUAUCCAAACAUAAAUCUCCCUCAUAUUGCCUCAAACUUCAAUUUCCACAAACGUUUUCCUAUAAGUGGAAACACUUACAAGCAUGAUGCAAUAAAAAAGUUUAGGGUCGGGAUUUCAACGUCCAAAAGCUAGGUAGGGUUGGGAAACCGGAAACCCACAUCUUUUUUUUUGCCUAAUCUUGUUUAUUCUGAUUUGCAGGAACAGGAACUUUUUAAUUCAGAUGAGGAGAAAUAUGCACAUCUUAAAGACGACCUCCAUGUCUUAAUUGAAGUGGAAGCACCGAAAGCCGAGGCACAUGGUCGUUUGGCAGCUGGUAUUGCUGAAGUUCAGAAAUUCCUUGUACCUGUACGUGAUUACAAAAUAUCAAAAUUUUAAUUUGAAUCAUUUAGAAAUAUAAUGGGUCAUUCCAAAAAAAACAUACAUCCACACCUCCCCCAUGGAGGAAAUUUGUAGUUAACCCCAUCAGGCACAGAUUUGCACACCCCCCCCAGAUGCAUUUGGCACCGCCCCAAAAGUUUAUCCACCCCCGCAAAUUAUAUAUAUUUUGAUUUGAUAGUUUCGUAUUUGAUUAUUCUUACUACUAAAUUUGUAAAAUUACCAAUAUUAUGGUCUCAGAUCUUGCCAUGCAGGCCUAGAAAACAAAUUUUGUUAAACUUUUUCCUUGGCCUUUCCGGGCGUUGCCACCAGGCCCCGGCCAAAGCAAGCAGCAGCAGCACCCCCAGAUAUUUAUCUACACACCCCCCAAACAAAAAUAUGAAAUCCCAUUCAGAUCUUCUAUAGCCUUCAGAAGCCAAAUUAUCCAAGGAUAUUGGGUGCAACUGAGCUCUUUUUUAUUUCCUUUAAAUCCUUCAAACAGCUUCAAAAAUUAUUUUAGUCAUUGUACCUAAGCCCAGCUCCUCUGCCGAGAUUCUGCCAAGGCUACAGUAGUUAAGUCACAGAAAAACGUAUUAAUUAAAUUUCUACAAGAAUUGAAGUUGGCCAGCUGGGUAACUUGUUGGUAUAUCGAUAUUUUUAAAAACAUUUGGUAUGAUGUGUGUUGGGACAUUGCAUUGUAGGAUCCUAAUGACCCAAUUCGUCAUGAGCAGAUGCGUGAGUUGGCAUAUCUGAAUGGUUUAGACGACGGUACGCCCACAAUUGGUGGGCCGGUUCCCUCAAUUGGUGCUCAAGUUUCAACAGUGAUUGCCACCCCAGUGGUACGUGGUCGGGGCAGGGGACGAGGCGUUUCUGUUCGAGGUGCACAUGUUGUGAGGUCAUCGAUGAGUCAUGGUAUUCCAAGAUCAGCGGUUGUAGCAACAGUUAGUACACCACGACAUGCAAGUACUGCACCAGAGACUUAUGUAAGUAUCUACUUAGAGUUGUGCGCCAGAGCCGGAGCUCUGGCAUAUUUUGCCGGAGUUGGAAAACUCCGGCACACAAAAUUAUGAAAAAUUAUUUAAUAUUUCAAUGAACUUUUGGUAGUGGAAAAAUUAAGUUGAAUGAUUUGAAGUUACUAUAAAGUUUAAUCACUUGCCCCAAUGUAUUUUGGGCGAAAAUACCACGCUGCCAUGCGGUUUUACUUUCUACAAAACAUUGUUUAAACAAGCACCGAAGCGCAUAUAUUUGAUAAGUAAAGGAGAAAGCUCAAAAAGGAAUAAAAUAAAUUAAAUUUUCCUAGCAAUCAAUAGCCUCAAUUCUAUUUUCUAUAGGCAUAUGAAACACAUGAUGGAAGUUAUGAAUAUGAGCAAAGCUAUCCUGAAGGGUAAUAUCACUGAUAAAAUAAAAUACUACCACAAAAUGCAGUUAUAUUGUACUAUUUUGUAUCAUCAAACAGUUGUCAUUAUUCUCACUCCUCAGAGCUUUGACAAUUAUUUUAAGGAAGUGGCUGUGUUGAUAAAGUAUAUGGCUGUGGGGAGAAGGGGGCAGUCUAACCAGUCUUGGGUUUCUUACAGUAAAGUCGUCCUUGAAAUUAACUAGUGGAUAUUGAUUAGAUGGCAACACAACUAAGCUCAGUAACCAUGUUAUAAUGUAUCACUACUUUCAUUCUUCAACAAGAUAACUCCAAGACUUAAGAUGGCAAUAUAUGUCGUUUUCGAAAAGAACCAGGCUAUAAAGUAGACCAGGUUGAGGAAAAAUCGCUUUGUUUGAAAGCUUCUCGUUCCCACGAGAACAGACUGAAUUGAUAUUUCAAGUACCCACAGUGAUUGAACCUUGUGUUCCGGCAACUGCCUGCUUAUUUUGAAAGGUCUGUUAACAAUUCUUACAUCUUUUUAGGGACUUGGUUUACUACACCGACUAUGCUGCCCCAGAACCAAGUUAUGCACGUAAGUAAUCCAUUCUCAAUCCGUACUUUUCUGACGUUAUAUAACGUUGCCUUGUUUUCUUGCAUGUACCUAUUACUGUGUAUUUCUCAAAUCCCACAGCAAGUCCAGGAACCAUGCGAUUAAAGGCGCCAUUGAGAUCGAUGAAGUCUUCGGCUCGGGAGUCCACCUACCCAUACUGAACCACGGCAAGCAUAUUUUUUGUAUUCAAAUAAAGGUAAGUCCAUACUCUGAAUAUAGAUAUGAACAUGAGCAGUUGAUAAUGUCAAAAUAAAAAGGAAAUAUUCCCGCAACAACUCCAUCAUUGUUGGGUGCUUUUAAUAAUGAUUAAUACUAUGCAGCGAAUGGUGUUUACAGUCCGUUAUCAGAUUAGGUGUAGAUGCUUUAGGUAGGUGUGUAUUUGGUGGUAAAUUAAGAAACAACUUCAAACAAGAUAGGAGAGAUUAAAAUCCUACCUGUGUCAUGCACUUUUUCUGAAAUACACCACCUUGUGCAUUUAUUUCAGUGAAACCACAAAAAAAUUCUAAGAAAUUUAUUAUAAUGCAUAGAUUAAAAUGGAAUUGUGUAUUAUUUGUGACUAUGCACAUAUUGCAAAAUAACUUUAAGAAUUAAGUAUGAGCCAUUUAAAAUUAUAUUAAAUCCCAACAAACGAAGUGGAUAGACAAAACUUAAACCCUUGUACUUUGUUAACCUCGUUUAAUAUAUAAAUGGCUAAAAAUUCCGAUGUUUAACCUUUUGAUUUUCCGAUUAUUUUUUAUUAAAGAUUUAAACAGCGGGAACAGUCAAGUUAGUGAAUCACUGAAUAGUGUGAUUAAAGAACUUUAAAUCCUAUUUUUUAAUACAGUCCUGUUUUCUUUAUGUUUAAACAAUGUAAACUAAAUGUCUCUCUUUUCCGCAGAGGCUUACAUGAAGUUUCUAGUGAGGGAAAGUGAGCGCGCAAGGAGUGAUGAGAAGAAAUCUUCCCAUCACACCGCGCGCGCUCACUUUUAUUCACGAAACUUCAUGUAAGUUAUUUGUAAAUACUUAAGGAGGCUCUGCGGAGGAGAGAGAACUAAAUGUUAUCAUCUACUAUUAAAUGUUAUUGCAGUAAUAAUACUAUAUAAAACAGAUAUACUGUCUGAGAUAAAUUGAUUGAGUAAAGAAAAGAAUUAAAUCGCAUACUGUGACUUCUUAUAAAACUAUAUAAACACGAGAAUGCAACUUGUUAAAAUGUUAACACUAUAUAAUUUAGUUAAUAUUAAAAAUAUAAAAAAAUAAACUGUUAAAUAUGUUGUAAUCUCAUUAAUAAACUUUCAGCUUUGAAGAAUAUUGUUUUCUAAAUCUUUAACCGUGUGUUAAUUGUUAAAUAUAGUAAAUUCUGCGAAAUUGAAAUAAUAAAUAAGGUAAGAUAUAAUUAUACUAUAAUUAUAAAUAUUAAAUGCUAUUUUGAAUCCUUUAUCCUGUUCUAUAUACAGUAGUUGUAAAAGCCAUUGCACCUUAACUAUAAUGUUGUACUAUGAUUCUAAUUCAUUGUAUUUUCGGAAAUAUAUUAAUCCACAUAUUUCACGGUAUAAAAUUAUUUUAAUUGUUAACCCUUCUGCAACUGAAUAUUCUUGUGUAAAUUUAAAGUGAAAAUGCGGGUUAUAUUUCAAAAUAUACGAGUAACCAUUAACCUUUCAGUAAGUAUUUAUAUUUUUAUUUUUAAAGCUUUUCUCCGUGUUAUCUAAUUAUGAAGUUCGUGGCUGAAUCAUGACAUAAAAUUAAAAUGUUUUAGACAUAUAUAGUAUUUUUGUACUAAAUUAGUUUUCUAAGACAACAUGUAAUUGUAAUCGAAUUGUGUAAGUGAAAUUCACACUUUUAACCUUCACUAAUGAACCAAAGUAAUUCUGUUAAUGAACUAACUUGUUAUUACUAAUCAUCGUGUUUGUGAACAGACGUAUACUUUUGUAGAAGUAUUCUAAGAUUUCUAAAUUUUGUAAACAUUAUGUGGUACAAAGGUAACUUUUUUAACUGUUAUAUUAAACUAUUUCCUUAUAAAAAUGUAUUGUAUUGACUAUUGUCUCUUGGUUUAAAUCGUAUGUUUUUGUAAUUUUAAAAAGCACUUUUUAACUCAUAUUUUGUACGAAUGAAAAAAAAACUUUUUCAUGAAACUCUAAAAUAUAUAUUUUUGUACAAAGUUGAUAAAAUACAAAGUUUUCGUACUCCAAAUAUUGUUAUGAAAAGAAUAACUUAUUUUUAAAAUUUAUAUUAAUGAUAAAAAUGUUAAAAUUUUACGUUUUUAUUAAAUCCUCGACUUGAGUUAAAUAUUCUGCAUUGCAUUGAAAUAUUUUCAAUAUUAGGAGUUAUCAUUGAUUUGUAUUUUAUUGAUACAGAUUUUCAUAAUUAUGCUCAAGAAAAGUCCAUGGUUUUCCCUACAAAGAUAGAUUUUAACUUGUUUACCUUUGGUUUCAUUUUCCCCACUUCAAACUUCUUUUCCAGUCCUGUCCAAACCCAUUUUAAUGUUUUCGUCUUUUACCAUUGAUAUGCCUCAUUUCUUUUACACAAUGAUUAUUUAUUAAAUUUAUUUCCUUAAGCUUUCCUGAGUAUGAUUGGUUUUAAAAUACUUUUCUCAGAAAAUUUUAUUAAGGAGUUUUUGAAAAAUAUUUAAUCCCUAUAAUCGUAUGUCCUUGUUUUCUAAUUCAGUUAAACGGUUUCUUUUCGUGAUUUAUGUAGAAGAAAGCUUUUUAUAAAACAAAAAUGUGGAUAGUUGGAUUAGGUUUGAGUUGAAGCAUCAUCAAUUCUUUUUUAAAAGAUAAACCUGUUAAAAUACGAGAUUCAACUAAAUUUGAUAUUGUGUAAAGUAAGAUAUGGCGAAACUUCUGGAUAAUGCUAAAUUCUGGAUAUAAAGUUUUUAAACUCACUCCGAGUUGCCGCGCCUUUGGCAUUUUAAACGUGUUUUAAUUGAACAAGAAGAUUUAAUCUGCUCGAAGCUUCAUAAUAUGUAAGUAUAUAUACUUAUAUGAUUUUAAUAAACCUAUUAUUAGUUGUUUUUAAUACAAUAUUAGAUUGAUUAAACAAGUUCCUAUAAAAAUGUAAAUUUGUUCUGUUGAAAAAAAUGUUGAACGAAUAUUUUGUACAGUGUGUUCUACAAACGAUAAACUAAAGCUAUUAUAAUUUACAUAAAAUAUUUUAUCAGGCGAUAUGGAAAAAAGGUGAUCAGGAAUUUGUCUAAUUUAAAAAAAACUUUACAUUAAUAGUCUAAUUAUUCGUAACGUCUUAAUAAUCUAUGUUAACACCAAAACACUGUUAGCUUGAUGUUCGGAAUGCUGCAAUUUCCAAGAUUUCUGUGUUGUUCAUUUAAAGAAUUGAUACAACGUGUUGCUACAUUCCUUGAAGUGGAGAAGCUGGAUGUCAUCCGUUCCCGGCUUGUCACCUUAGGUACGUAUGAGGCCCCUUCAAUGCCAGAUUGUACGUAUACUCAUAACUCAAAAAAUGAAAUUACCAUAGACAUAAAGAGUAAUCCGCUUUUGAAUGUCCCGUAACUUCGCGCACCUAUUUCCGCCGUAAAAUUGAUCCGCAUUCCGCUAGUUUAUGCGCGACCCGCGUUCGCUAAUUGCCACUUUAUUGCCUAGCAACAGUGGAACUAACAUGAAUAUCGAAGUAUUGAUGUGUAUAUUCUGUCAUAUUUAGUAUAUGAAAUAUUAUUUAGAAAGGAAAUGCUUUAUAUUGUAUGACAAAUGAAACUUCCAAAAGGCUUGCCAAAUGAUGUAGUUCUACGGACUUGGAUGGCGCACGGAAAAGGCAACGAAUCUGAAUUGAAUUCUGGCAGUUUUGUAUCGCCAAUUUUGAAAGAUGGUGCAAAUGGCGUUCAUCCACAUGUAGUUACGUUAAGUUUAAGGCCGUUCAGAACCACGAAUUUGUCUGUGGAUACCUUUAUGGCCUCGCAUAGUCCGAGGAGAAAUAACAAUAGCAAGCAAAAGUUCAUGCUUAGUAAGUUUGAUAGCGUUUUAGUUGAGUUUGUAUUUUGAGCAAAGGUUUUGUAGUGUCAGCCAAUUAGAAUUCACCAAGUUAAUUAUCAAUGGCUACAAAAUUAGUGAGCUAGACACUUAGAUAUUUAUAAAAAGGAGCAACAGUCUGGGACCAUUUAACAAACACAACACCAGUAAAUUUAUAAUGUUGUAGAGUACUGCUUCGUCCUUUAAUAAGUCAUUUCUGCUUUAUUUACCCAAUUGACGAAUUGGACUCUCCCGGGACAAAAUUUAUUCAGGGCCAGAUCAUGACUUUAUUAAAAGCAAUUACUUGAGUGGCAGUAGUUUCUCCUUGACGAGUAAGGUCGUCUGAUGUUAGAGUAAAAUAAAGUAGGGUGCAUAAUUGUCACUUUAAUAUGAGGGUUAAUAUUAAAGAUUUAUCUUCUAAUGCAUGCCAUUAUGCUUUCAGAACCCCUAUCUCUAGACCAAAGGAAUUGUUCCUCCAAUAUACAUACAACAUUUGGCAAAGAAGCACUAGAUUUAAGGUUUGUAAUGAAUCUAAAAUUUAUUAAAUUUGUUCUUGUUUUAGCACAGCCUUUAUGGCAACUAAAAUGCAAUUGUCACAACAAUUAUAUUGACUCAUCAUCCUCACUACCUAUCCUCACAACACAAGUUUAAUAUAUCAUUGAUAUUAAUAUCUAUUUUCAGUGUUGCGUCGCCAUCGAGAAAUCACGAGAAAAUACCACAUGGGAGGUCAGACAUUAGAGCAGAUAGACCAUGUUCAAACUAUGGCAGUCGGAGCAGAGUUGGUAAACCGUCGGCAAGCAUUGCAAAUUGCAGUGACUUUGAUUCUAGUUUUUCAUCUAAACAAUACACAGUACCAGACAGUUUAUAUACGAUACGGAAUAACUCCUUUCGACCUCCUCCGAGAAUAUCUCAUUUGACAGGACAGAAGAUUACUUUUGGUAGUCCGUUUGCCACUGGGUUUAAUUAUCAUACAGGGUAUAUAAAUUUAUUGCAAACGCAGACAGAUCUGGUUGCUACAGGAACUCCGGUUUCUACAAUUGGACCUAAACAAACACAAGCUACUAAACCUAUACAAAGGUGAGCUGGAUUGGGUUUUUAUCAGCUUUAUUGUAACAGUGAAGAGAUGAAAUAUAAGUCGAAGUCCUAAAAAGAAAAGCCUAUUUCAGUACCAUACACAAUACCACAUAUGAAAUGUAAACUUAAAACGAUAACCAAUUGAGCACCAGCACUCUCCCUUUGUUGAGUAAAAUCAUCCGGCAUUGGCCAGGGUAAAAUAAUAAAUAGGGUGCAAUUUUGCGGUGACGUCACACCUAGGUCCCAGUCUCGUACUACAUCCACGUUUUUUCUCGCGCUUGCUUCAGAACAACUGGGACUAGCCUGGGGUGCAAUGUGAUUCAUUGGGUUAAUUGCCACGUGACAAGCAUAUAUCUGUUACAGUACACAAUUUUGAUAAUUAUAUCACAGAUUUCUCCUUGGCCUGGGAGGCUCAUGAGCCAGUACCUUACAUUUUGAUUCAUGAGAGCAAGGCUCUUAGGCAAAGAAACGAUUCAUGAUGCAAUUAUCAAAAAGAUGUAUUCCCAAAAGUAUACAUCAAAUUUACAUUUGGUAUGUUGGCAUGUACUGUAUGUCAAAACAAUGAGUGACUGAAUAGCGUAGACAAAAGUGGGACUUCCAAAACAAUGAAAAGACAAAACAUUCAAUUUAGUGGAGUGUUGAUUUGUUUUGCUCUUAAAUGUUUUGUAGAUGGCAGACAGUAAGAAGUGCAUUGAAUGAAAAAGGUAAUGCCAAUGUGAAAAUUUUUUGAUAUCCAUGACACACCAUCUACCCGUACUUGAUUACCUAUGCAUUUGCCUAGACAUAUUUUGUUGUGUUUUAAUUUCUCAAUUUCCCAUUGCUCAGAUUGUAAAUACCCAGACCCAAUGGUUGGAUGCAGUCCUGGUUUUCAAGCAAGAAUGUCUGAGAUCAUACAACAUGAACUUGACACAGUAAAAUGGGAGAAAGGGAAAAAAGGAAAGAAAAAAAGUUCGUCAGGUUGA